GCUGCGGUCCGGCUCCCUUGCCACUACCGCGGAGCUCGCAUUCACUGACUGACUCUCAGUUUGGCUUCUCCUUCACCAUAUUUAUUCGACACAUUUUGUUGCCUUGUGACGAGUGCAAGUGCGCAAAGCAACCCCACUCGCCGACUUUGGAGUCAGAGUUUGGAGGAAGUUUGUGUGGACGCUUCCAGACAGUAACGAGACGGAGGGACUAAAAAGUUUGAGGGCGCUGUCCGAAAAUCGCGGUUGCGGUGUUGAAGGUUUUACAAACAAGACAUCUUGGAGCUACUGCGAGAAACUCACUUUUGACUACGGAAUGCCUGAGGCCAGCAGUGUGUCGGCGCACAGGUAAGCAGUAUGCGCACUGCUGCGGUCAUGGCAAGGCCAGCCGGGCAGCUGACUCCUUGCGCUGAGGUCACCCGCCUGACGCUGCUGGUGCUGGCGCUGGUGCUGGCGCUGGUGCUGGCGCCGGUGUCUUCAGCAGAAGAGCACGAGUGGCACUUCAAUGCAGCCGCUCAGUGCCGUUACGCCCUGGGGAUGGAGGACGGCAGCAUCCUGGACACCGACAUCAGCGCCUCCAGCUCCUGGUCAGACUCUACCGAGGCCAAGCAUGCCAGGUUGAGCAGCGGAGAAGGGGAUGGAGCUUGGUGCCCCGCGGGCGCUGUCUUCCCCGAUGGAUCGGAAUACCUUCAGGUAGACCUUCGCAAGCUCCACUUCCUGGCCCUGGUGGGCACACAGGGUCGCCACGCCGACGGGCACGGCCAGGAGUUUGCCCGCAGUUAUCGCCUGCGCUACUCUCGGGAUGGUGUGAAAUGGAUCACCUGGAAGGACCGCUGGGGCCAGGAAGUGGUGUCCGGGAACGACAACACCUAUGAUGUGGUUCUGAAGGACCUGGGCCCGCCCAUUGUGGCCCGCAUGGUACGCUUCUACCCGCUGGCUGACAGGGUCAUGAGCGUCUGCCUUCGAGUGGAACUCUACGGCUGCGUGUGGGCCGACGGGCUGAAGGCUUAUACAGCUCCUGUGGGCCACGUGAUGAAUCUGUCAGGCUCGCCUGUCUACCUGAACGACUCCACCUACGACGGCAGCGCCGAGCAAGGGGUGCAGUUUGGUGGCCUGGGUCAGCUGUGCGACGGCGUCCUGGGAGGAGACGACUUCACGGAGAGCAAGGAGCUGCGGGUGUGGCCUGGCUACGACUACCUGGGCUGGAACAGAGACGUUCUGGCCAAGCCCGCCGUGGACAUCGAGUUCCACUUCGAGAAGCCUUGCCUGCUCCGGGUCAUGCAGGUGCACAGCAACAACCGUCACUCUCAGGGCGUGCGGGUGUUCAACAAGGUGGAGUGUUCCUUCAAGGGUGGGCUGCUGCAGCCGUGGUCAUCGCCGGUCCUGACCCUGUCGGUCCCACUGGAUGACCUCAAGGACCCAUCAUCUCGCACGCUCUCGUUGCCCCUGGACGGACGCCUCGCUCACAUCCUGCGCUGCAGCUUCUUCUUUACCGACCGAUGGAUGCUCCUCAGCGAGAUAACCUUCCUCUCAGACACUUUUGAAAAGGAUGAGAAUCAGAUGAAUUAUCGCAAGACUCCCACCACCAGCUCCUCCCCUUUUGUCAACCACACCUUGGCCUCUCCCGCCCUGAGCCGCAGAGACGCCACUGCCGCCUCUUUGCCUCCUCCCACCACCACUUCCACCCUCAUGACAGACACCACUACUAAUUGGACGCUGUCAGGUUCCGAGUUGGCCGCCGUGUCUCCAAGGGCGGGGCUUCCCGUGGCAAAGGACGACAGCAGCGAUGCGGCCGUCCUGAUUGGCUGCCUGGUGGGCAUCAUCCUAUUGCUGCUGGCCGUCAUCGGCGGCAUUCUCUGGAGGCAGUACUGGAAGAAACUACUGGGGAAGGCGCAGAGCGGCUUGUCGGGGGACGAGUUACGCGUGCACCUCUCGGUGCCCUCGGACAACGUGGUCAUCAACAACACGCACAGCUACUCCAGCCGCUACCAGCGCAUACACACCUUCCCCGACGAUCCCGAGCGCGAUGCCGAAAGCGAGUACCAGGAGCCCAGCGCCUUGCUGCGCCUGCGGGACCACUACAACAGCACGGCCUUGCUGUUGCACAACCCGGCCUGUCAUCUGCUCCUGUCAAAUCACAGGGAAGGCUCCAGGCCGAGCACCUGUCGGGCUCAGGAAAAGAGUCUCAAUGUGCCCCAUGGGUGCGGCUCAGAGUCUUCCCCGGAUAAGGGAUUCCCCCCGGUACGGGACGAGGCGCCGCCCUACCCGGGCUCACCUCCCUACCCAGCGUCCCCCCCGCUGCCUGCCAGUGUCCCGCACUACGCCGAGGCCGACAUCGUAAGCCUGCAGGGCGUCAGCGGCAACAACACGUAUGCCGUACCAGCCCUGGCCUCGUCCGGUCCGGGUGCUGACGCCGGCCCCUUGCCCGAGCUGCACCGCCAGUGUCUCGUCUUCAAGGAGAAGCUCGGGGAAGGACAGUUUGGAGAGGUGCACCUGUGCGAGAUUGAGAACCCUCAGGACCUUCCAAACCUGGAGUUUCCCUUCAACGUGAGGAAAGGUCGCCCUCUGCUGGUGGCUGUCAAGAUACUGCGGCCUGAUGCUUCCAAGAAUGCCAGGAAUGACUUCCUGAAGGAGGUGAAGAUCCUGUCCCGCCUGAAGGACCCCAACAUCAUCCGUCUUUUGGGCGUGUGCGUGAGCAGCGACCCGCUCUGCAUGGUGACGGAGUACAUGGAAAGCGGCGACCUCAACCAGUACUUAUCCCACCGAGUUCUGCUGGACAAGACCGGGCCUUUGCACACCAUGCCCACCAUCGGGUACCCGGCCCUCAUCUCUAUGGCCGGCCAGAUCGCAUCGGGGAUGAAAUUCCUGUCCUCGCUCAACUUUGUGCACCGCGACCUGGCCACACGCAACUGCCUGGUGGGCGGCGAGAGGGGACACAGCAGCGCUGAUGACCCCAGCGGAGAGCGCCACAUCAAGAUCGCUGACUUCGGAAUGAGCAGGAAUCUCUACGCCGGGGACUACUACAGGAUCCAAGGCCGAGCCGUGCUGCCCAUACGCUGGAUGGCCUGGGAGUGCAUCCUCAUGGGUAAAUUCACCACAGCCAGCGACGUAUGGGCGUUCGGCGUGACCCUGUGGGAGAUGCUGAGCGUGUGCCAGGAGCAGCCGUACUCCAACCUGACAGACGAGCAAGUCAUAGACAACGCCGGAGAGUUCUUCCGAUACCAGGGCAGACAGGUGUAUCUGGGCAAGCCCGCCGUGUGCCCUCAGGGUCUCUACGAGCUCAUGUUGGGUUGCUGGAAAAGAGACUGCAAGCUGCGGCCAUCCUUUGGCCACAUCCACGCCUUCCUUGCAGAGGACGCCAUGAACAUGGUGUGAGGCCGAACAGCGCUUCAACGAGCCACGUCAAUGUGCCGACGUGCCCCGGACAACCAUGUUUUGUACUUAUUUGGUGGGCGGGACUACUGGAGACGCUGCUGGUUCAGUUUUUCCCCCCACACCCUCCAAAACUACAAAAAACUGAAGCUUGAUAGGUGUAGAUAGUUUUGAGGCUGAGCUACAUUGUGUUGUGUAGUGGUGGUGGGUGCAAUCUGCAUUAGGAGCCUUUUCUUCUUACAAGGACAGGAAAUGAGGCAAGAGGAAGGUGAAAGAGCGUCGCAACAUCUCAGGGCUACGGCUCCUCUGAACCGUCGGAGUGGUUCACAUUGCUGCCAUUCUUUAAGUAGGCCCAUCCUCGAUUCUCAGCAAAUGGCAAUCAAGUCCAGACUGAGCCCAAGUUAAUUGGGAUGUUCGCCCUGCAAUGCUUAACUGUGAGCAUGGUGGUUCACAGUCAACCCAGGCUCAAAAUGGAGGACUCGUCCUCCUCCUCAAGAUGUGGUGUCUCGAACAGCCGCUUGGAUAUUUGGAGAUGACAGUGUCUUGAUACACAUAGCUAUGUGUAUCAUGACACUGCCUUGGGUUCAAUUCCAGGGUGCGCCCUGACCCACGCUGGAACUAUCUUUUUUGCCCCCAAGCAUAGCCCGUUGGCUAUGGUGCAGUUCCCAGCCCAACUUGACUCUUCUGAAAAUGACGAUUGUGGUGACACAAUCUGCCAAAUCAAACGCUCAGUCCAAACGCAAUUUAGGCCUGGCCUUUUCAAACACGUCUGCCUCCUGCACUUCUCCCUUCCACUCACUAUUGGGUCAAGGAGGAUAAUUUGGAUCUUCGGGCCCUCUCUAUCGUAUUGUUUACUGAUCUCAAAUGGCCUCGGUGCAGUUUGAGUCCUUUUUGAUACACUGUAGUUCAACUAAACUAGUACAUGCUUUCUUUAGUUUGUACAUAUUUUUAAAUGCAAAUCUUUUAUUUUCCUGAACUAAUAUGGAAAACCUUAGUGUCUCAUGUGUGUAACGCUUGCUGCCAUUGUGUCAUCCAUGUGUGCUGUUUAUUUUUGUAGGCAUCUCAAUAAAGUUGAGCCCUUUCCAAUAAUUAAAGCAGAACUUUAUUUGUCGAAUGUCACUUUAAUACAGAUAAAUGCUGCACAUUUAACAUUAUCACUGGGGCUACACAUGCUUUGUUGUAACAUAAUAAAAAGUAGAUGUUUAAAAAGGGUUACACUGAAAAAUGAAGAGGCACCUGCAGUGGCGGCAUGAUGGCUCGCAUAUAGGCUUGCACAAACUGGAAGCUUUCCAUAGGAUUUGUCGGGAAUACAUCGAAAUGUUGACUUAUGCUUUCCUAUCUUAACUGCCCAUGGAAAUUUUCCAGCCCUUUGUGACAGAACCUAUUCAGAUAUAAGGUGAUUUUUUUUUUUCUUCUUCUUCCCUGAUUCGUAACAGGUUGAGCGCAUGAGCGCUGAGGUUUGACGAGGAGUUGAAGCAGGCAGGCACUUCACGGUGAUGACAUGCAUCCAUCCAGCUUUGGGUCGUUAGUAAAGCGUUAAAAACUGAAACCAAACUGAAGUAGAAAAACCUCUAGGUGAGCCUAACAACAUCUUUAUACUCGUAGACAAUUAGUCAUCAAAGCAGCGUGGCCGAGUUCGUAACGUUGACGUACAUGAACAAUCCAAAACACUUGCUAUAGCUUUCAGGAGGUGCCACGAGCAGCCACGUACUCCCAACUACCGCCUCCUCUCAAAUUAAAUUGCAUAUUAAAGAGGAUCUUGGUCACAUUAAAAAGAAAAUUCUCACUUUUCUAAGAAUACAUGUUAUAAGUUGAAAUAGAAUAAAUGUAUCUAUUAAGACUGUGAGCGGGGAAAAAAGAAUUAAUUUGUAAGAAUUUAUGCCGUUCAAGUUUUUAUUUUCAGAGAAAAGGUAUCAUUUUUUGAGGAAACAUGUACUUUUGUCCUGAUAAGCAUUUCACUCAGCAAUAUUAUAGUCACAAAUCUUCAUAUGAUUUUGAUUGGACUUUUCACUGUAACCUGGUGACUAUUCUCCUGUAAUAUUCCAAUGUUAAUGAAAUGCCACACUUUUAUUCUACCAUUAUUCUCGUAGCGUCCACAUCAAAUUUUUCUUAACAUUACAAACUUCUCUGAAUUUGAUGACUUUCACACUAAAGAAUGCAGCAUUAUUCUCUUAAUGUUACAGUAUAUUAGUUUAGUUUAUUGUUUAGCACAUAUUAUAUCAAUAACUGUGCAAGGAGGGAGACGAAGCCUAGGGCUUGUAAAGAGCUCCACUCCUUCUAACCCCCAAUUCCAACCCUUAAUGCUGAGUGCCAAGCAGGGAGGCAAUGGGUCCCAUUUUUACAGUCUUUGGUAUGACCCGGCCGGGGUUUGAACCCACAACCUUCCAGUCUCAGGGCGGACACUCUAACCACUGAGUUGGUUAUAUUAUAUAUUUUAUUCCGCUAAACCGUUUAGUUUAUUCCUAAAAUCACAACAUGUUGAAACUUAAUUCUCUAACUCGCAUGAAAAUGAUCGUUUUUGUCUCAUGACUUUUUGUCCUGGAAAAGUUACCACUUGUUCUUUUCAGUGUGGCCCGAUGACUCUCUGUAGCUGAGCUGAGCUGGCGGUAACAACAUGCAUUGCAAACACUAACUUGAUUUCACAGACCAGCAUAGCGGACAGAAAGCUCGUCCAAUUGACAAACUUUACCCAUUGACUCUUUUUGAGGCUUUGCAGCGUAACGGAUUUUG